UUUUUUCCUUUUUUUUUCCUUUUUUUUUUCCUUUUUUUUUUUUUUUUUUUUUUUUUUGCCUUUGCAUUUUGGGAGCUUUCGUUUGGAGCUGAGGGGAAUUUGGGAGUUGCUGCCUCGGGGUGUCUGGGGCGCGCUGCUAGAAUUUAGAACUUCCACCCUUCCAGGUGGAACAGGUGAAGGACAAUGUCCUCCCGUGCCUCUGGACUGGCCUUGGGGCUCGAUUCCCAGCCCAGCUGCAGCGCUGCGGCGCCUGCCCCGAGGAAUUCCCUCCUGCCACAGCCUCUCCCUGCCCCGUGGAGCUGCUCCCUCGCCCUGCUCGGCCAGGAGGACGUGGAGAGCUACGGCGGGGACUCCUGCGAGCUGGGGGUGGCUCUGCUGGACUGCAGCUGCUCGGCCCCCGACCCGCAGCUGGUGCGCAGGAUCGUGGCCCAGGUGGAGUUCUACCUGUCCGACGAGAACCUGGCCAAGGACGCCUUCCUCCUCAAACACGUGCAGAAGAACAAGAUGGGCUUCGUCAGCAUCAAGCUGCUGACAUCCUUCAAGAAGGUGAAAUACCUGACCCGGGACUGGCGCCUCACCCUCUACGCCCUCAAGUUCUCGGCUCUGCUGGAGGUGAACAAGGAGGGCACCAAAGUGAGGCGGCGGCUCCCCAUCCCCGAGCACCUGCUGAGCGUCCCCCCCAGCAAACUGCUGCUGGCCUGGGAGCUGCAGCCGCGGGAGCAGGACCUGCCCCUGCAGAAAAACUUCCUGGAGACCAUCACCAGGAUGUUCAGCCCCUUCGGAGCCAUCGCCUCCAUCCGCCUCCUGCGGCCGGGCCGCAAGCUGCCGUCGGACGUGCGCAGAUAUUCCUCGCGGUUCCCCGAGCUGCUGAGCCGCUGCUGUGCCCUGGUGGAGUACGAGAGCCUGGAGAGCGCCCGCAGCGCCUUCGAGUGCCUCGGGCACCGCGACUGGCACAGCGUCAGGGUGGUCCGGCUCUGCGGCAAGGGGGGCAAGAAGAAAGCCGGGGACGAGGGGGUGGUGAGCUCCUGGAAGGUGCCGGCGGCCCUGAGCUUCCCCCGCGGCCUCGAGGAUUCCCUGCCCGGCGCUUCCCCGGAGCGCGAUGAUGCUUCAGGGUCGCUGUCCCUCCUCCUCAGCCAGGACCCGCUGGCACCCACCUGGCCCAGCGGUGACUUCGCUGCCGGGAAUUCCAACGCCUUCCCCGGCUCCCUCCUCAGCAGCGAGGCCUUUCCCCCGCUGGGGAUGGGCCGGGGGUGCGCGGGGGGGUCCUGGACACCGUGGGGCAGCAGCGUCUGCCCCGCUGGCAGCGAUGCCCUGGCAGCGCAGGGGGGAUCCCAGCCCCACAACUUGUGGGACCGGGCCCUGUGCCAGCCCCAGGGCUUCGGCAGAGGAGAACUCGUGCUCCGGCGCUGAGACUCCUUCAGAUUCAGGGUUAGGGUUUAAUGGUUUUUGUUCUUUUCCCUUCCUCUCUCGAGCAGAAGAGUUUUCUAUGGCCCUGCGAGCUGUGGGCAGUGGCGGUGCAGCUGAUCCAGGGGACAGAAGUUUAGGAGCAAGGACGAUGCUCGAGGCAGAUGCUGAGCAGCAGCAGGAGCUGUGCCGUGCUGUGCUCAUGCCCGUGGGACUGUGCUUGCUCAGGGCCCAGAGCUGGGUUUGGGGUCCAGGUUUUGGAUGAGAAAUGGACAAUAAAGAGAGAUGAAGUU